AUGGGCGAUUGGAGUUUUCUGGGAAACAUUUUGGAGGAAGUUAAUGAACAUUCCACCGUAAUAGGAAGAGUGUGGUUGACAGUGCUGUUUAUUUUUCGAAUCCUAAUUCUUGGCACAGCUGCCGAGUUCGUUUGGGGAGACGAGCAGUCAGAUUUUGUCUGCAAUACCCAACAGCCAGGUUGUGAGAAUGUUUGUUAUGACGAAGCCUUCCCUAUUUCCCAUAUAAGACUGUGGGUUCUCCAGAUAAUCUUCGUCUCCACACCAUCUUUGGUUUAUGUUGGCCAUGCAGUUCAUCACGUAAGAAUGGAGGAGAAGAGAAAAGAAAGGGGAGAAGAAGCGAGUAGACAAGAAGUGAACGAAGAGAAAUUGCCUUUAGCCCCAGAUGAAGGUGUAAAGGAGUCCACCAAAACGAACAAGAAGUUCCGUUUGGAAGGCAUGUUGCUUAGAACAUACAUCUGCCAUAUUCUCUUCAAAACAAUUUUUGAAAUUGGUUUUGUAGUCGGCCAAUAUUUCCUCUACGGGUUCCAUAUUCUGCCACUCUAUCGCUGCAGUAGGUGGCCUUGUCCCAAUACAGUUGACUGUUUCGUCUCAAGACCAACGGAGAAGACUAUCUUUGUUAUUUUCAUGCUUGCAGUGGCUUCCGUAUCUCUGUUCUUAAAUUUUAUCGAAAUAAGUCACCUGGGCUUGAAGAAGAUCAGAUCUGCUUUUCGAAAGACAGCCGAACAACCAAUAGAUUAUCCUUCGCAGAAACUUAUCCAUUCCAUUAGUGUGUCCUCCAUGCAGAAAGCUCAUGAUUAUAAACUCCUCAAAGAAGAUAAACCAAUCUCCCAUUAUUUUCCAAUGUCAGAGUCUGGAGUGGAUAUGAAUAGAACCCCCUUAAUCAGUUUUCAAGAAAAAGUCAAACGUGUUGCUCCAGUAGAGGAUAUGAUUAAGGUGUAUAAUGAAACAUUGUUGGCCUAUGAACAGCUAGACGAUGCUGAAUCUGGACAAAAGGCAGGUCCACAAGCAGAAGCAGAGUUAGUAGCAGAAUCGGAACCUGCAGCAUUGGCAGAACCAGAGGAAAACAGUGGACCAGAACCGGAUCCACCAGCAAGAACGAGCGAAAACCUAUCGGACACAAGACCGUUGAGCAGAUUAAGCAAAGCAAGUAGCCGAGCUCGAUCAGAUGAUUUAACAGUCUGAAAAAUAUUGGUUUCAAUAUUGGUCAAAUAUAAGUGUAGAAAUGAAUGUGAACAUUCUGGAGAAAAUAUUCCACUUAUAUGAAAUAGCAAAGAUCAGGACUUCGACUGAGAAAAUUUAGUAAAUUAGUUUAAAAAAGAUGUGCACCACCAGUUUAACAUGUAAGCUACAGUGGAUUCCAGUUAAUAAGGACAUAUUGGGACCAGUACGUCUGGGCCAGUUAGCAGGUUUAAUGAAAAUAGUUUAAAAGGUAUAAAAAAAACUACCCAACUGAGUAACAAAUUAUCUAUUUAAUUCAGAGGUUCACAACCUGCUUAAUGGCAUUAGUCAACGGCAUAAAAAAGAUUGGGAACUCCUGAAAUAAAUGAAAUACAGAACAAGUGACAACACUGCCAAAACUACCACCGUACUAUUAAGAUGUGUAUUUGUUCCUAAUAGUUGUUGAUGGAGGAAUACAUUCAGUAUACACUAACAUAUUUGUUUGACUAAAUGAACACAAUCAGUGUAGGACAGAUAGUGCCUUCAAACAGUGGUUUUGACUGCAUCCUCCAAAUCUUCAUUUUCAUUGUAAUAUUCAAGGUAAUUGAUGAUAUCUUCAAAUUCUUCAUAUUUUCUUCAUAUUUUCUAAUUUGUUGAAGUUGUGAAAUCCUUUCAUUUUCACUCCUGGCUGUCUCUGGCAUUGCCAAGCCUUGGAAAAGCAGUGAGCAAAGCAAUUCUGUAUUGUCUUACUGCUCAUUAUUUGCCAACAAUCAGUCACUAAAAACUAUUCAUGUUUUUAUGAAUACAAACAAGCUGGUGACACUGUAUCAAAACUGUGUGCUGGUAAUAAAAUGUGUGGUAACAGUUUCCUGCCCUCUUUAAGUAACAUGGUGCCCCAAAUAAACAAAGGGAAUCCCAGCUGGUUUCUUGAUUUGUUCUUGUUCUUUAAGAGUUGACCAGGUAAGCAUUUGCCCUGAUGAAGCCAUGGCCCAGUUACUGGAAUCCAUUGUACUUGAAGAGAAAUUACAAAUACAAUACAUGGUACAAAAACAAACCAAAUGCAAUCAGUAGCAUACAUGUACAAUUACAAAGAUUGAGGCUAACAUCAAACAACUGUAAUGGGUCU